AUGUCCUUCAAGUUGAACGAUUAUAAUGCGUUUCUAACCUCGUUGUUUGACAAGAAUAAUCCCCAGCAUCAACAACAACAGCAGCUUCAGAACCCGGAGUUAGCACCGCAACAGCCGCAGCUGCAACUUUCCCAUUCCAACCCUCCCUACGACACUUACGACAACAGAAGCAUUAACGCUAACAGCAAUAAUAAUAACAACAACAACACUAGCAACAGCAAUAGCGCCAACGCCAACAAUAUAAUAGAAGACGAAGACAUGAACGAUUCCGUCUCAUUUCCCGUUGAUUUCGACUUUGGUCUUAUCGCACCCUCAGGCAACGCAAACUACAACCGUUCCAAGUCCAUUAAUUUCCCCGUCAACGAAAAUGCACCGCACAGUAACAUCACCGAGUUUAUGGCUGAGUUGGGACCUCCAGCCGGAGGUGAACACGGCCAUCUGCCCAGCGUGAAUAACUCCUACUCCAGCAACAGUAUUACAGCAGACUCUGGGGUACUUAACAAUAAUGCGCGCAACACAGCAGCAAAUAAUAUAUUCGGAAUGAACUACGUCAAUACAAAUCCUACUACGAUAGGUGACAAUUACGGGACUCCUUUAGCAUCACCCCUAUCCCUCGGUUUGAAUAACGACCCCCACAGCAAUAGCAAUCCUAAUCCCCACGGCAAUCAAGACAACUUUUACAUAAAACAGGAGCAGCUUCUGGUGCUUCCCAUGCAGUCGAACCAGCAGUUGCACCAACAAGCUAGCGGCUUCAAUUUCGCAGCCAAACCUCAGGAGUCGCCUUCUCCACUUUCCAAGGAGCACACACCACCCAACAAAAAACCAGUCAAGGCAAGAUACGCACGUAUCAAGCUGGAGGAACAGGAAUUGCCUGUGCUAAUUGGUCCAACCCAGGGCCAUCCCCGUCCUCGUGUUAAGUCGGCACAUAAUGUGAUUGAACAGAGAUACAGAAACAAGAUUAACGACAAAUUUACUGCUUUACAGAAUCUGGUGCCAACUCUCAGAAUGGUAGCAAGAAGGAAGCAGAGACAGCAAUUAAAUGAUGACUACGACUCGGACAAUGACGACAUUGGAAUUUCAGGACUCUCCGAAGAAGAUGCAAUAGAAUUAGAAGGAUUGGAGCCCGCCAGAAAAUUGAAUAAAGGAACUAUUCUCGCCAAAUCCAUCGAAUACAUCAAGUUCUUGGAAUUGAAAAAUGAUCGUAUGAAAAUGCAGCACGAGGAAUUGCUUCUUAAAGCUAGAAUGCUUGGUUUGGUGAUCAACGACGACUUGGUCAAUCCGGAUGUACAGAAUAAAAAAAAGUAG